CUCAUCGCCAUGGCUACGGCGGUGGCAGGGCUGCUAGUCGCAGUCAUUCUUACCUCUGUGACAGUAUCGAGGCUGCUGCCGAUGAAAGCUGACCCUCCUGCCAGGGAUGCCAACAAAGAACUGACACACCAUCUUCCACAAGACCCUCCCAGCCUGGAAGCGAACCGCUCUCUCGUGCAUCAACCGACAACCCUCGUUGAGCUGUACUCGCUAUACACAGCGCUGUGUCCGCUGAUAGUGCUGCUCUGGUGGAUGAACGUCACCCAAGCACAAGCGAGGGAGUGGUUGCGCCUGCAGGGCUUGGCUGCGAAAUCUAAACUGGCAAAGCUGAAGAGAGCAGCUGCGUUCUUCAUGGAACUUAAUAACUUCCCACUUCUCCACAAAGCCAUUGAGAUUGGCAGUUUUGGAAAGAAGAUGGUACAUGAUGCUUUGGUGGUAGCGCUGGCACAAAGGGCGGGAGAAGACUCACUGAAAGCAGCUCUGGAGAUGGCAGAGAGGCGAAUAAGCGCUUUGGAGAGGCACCUGGAAGAUUCAAGGAAGGUUCAGGACGAACAGGCUGUAAGAAGGGAAGCGAGUGAGUUUAGUGAGGGCAAGUUGGCAACAGCGAGACAUGAUUUGUCUCAACAGAUUACAGCGGAGGUGGAUGAGAUAAGGAUGAAGUUUCAGGAGAGAAACGCCAAGUUUGCAGCGGUGCUGAAGCAAAGGGAGAGGGAGUUGGCAGCAGUGAAGCAGCAGUUGGGUGAGUUCAAGAAGGCUGCAGAACAAGAGGCGAGUGAACUUAGGGACAUAGUGGGAGAUUUGCAGCAAGGCAGUGAGGACGCUGCUGCGAUGGUGAGGGAAGAAGGCGGAAGGCAGCUCAGCAAGCAAGGCUAUGCGGCCCUGUGGAACAGCACAGCGAAAGGAGGACACCGCAAGGGGGCUGGUCAAGCAAUCUGGCAGAGACUCGAGUCCGCCUCAGGAAAGCCAAAGCUGGAUUUGAGCGGCUGGAGUGGGAAUAGCAAGAGAUGGGAGCAGGAUUUGGUGAAGGAGAAAGACAUGGGGGGAUGGGAGAUACGGGUUUUUGGCGAGGAGGUGGUGGAAGGGGUUUGCAAGGGGAGGAGGGAGAAGGGGAGAGAGAUGAGGAAGGGCAGAAGGGAGAGGUGGGACAAUGCACGAGUGCGAGAGCGCAAGGAGAUGCUGAAUAAGGAGAAGGAGACAUGGCAAGAGGAGUAUAUUGCAGGGAGAGAGCUAAGAGUGUGUUCCUACUGUUAA